GUGUGUGCGGGCUCCCCCCGAACACGCCUGGCGCCCGGCACUUUCUGCCUUUCUUUCUUCCUUUUUUUUUUUUUUUUUGUGGGAGAGUUUCUUCGAGUUGUGUUUGAAGCUGGCGUAAGCGGAAGGCUGGUCAUGUGCUCGGCGGGUGCCCGUGGCAGCAGCUGAUGACGGCUGAUCUUUAACCCAGUGGCAGCCGAAAGCCUUGGAAGCGCCGUCAUGUCGGGGUCUACGCAGCCUGUGGCGCAGACGUGGCGAGCCGCUGAGGCCCGGUACCCACCCCAUGGCAUUCCCUACCCUGUGCAGCUCGCCCGGCCCCACACGGAUGUCGGGCUGCUGGAGUACCAGCACCACCCCCGGGACUACGCCGCCCACCUGUCACCUGGCUCCAUCCUCCCGCCCCAGCGCAGGAGGCCCUCCCUGCUGUCGGAGUUCCAGCCUGGGGGUGAGAGGUCCCAGGAGCUGCACCUGCGCCCUGAUGCCCACUCGUACCUGCCCGAGCUGGGCAAGCCGGAGCUGGAGUUCAUCGAGAGCAAGCGCCCGCGCCUUGAGCUGGCCCCUGAGACCCUGGCCCGGCCCUCGGCUCUGCUGGCCACAGGCCAGCCCGGCGGCCCCGAGGACCCCGUCAAGGAGCGCAGCCUGACGGGCAAACUGGAGCCGGUGUCCCCGCCCAGCCCCCCGCAUGCUGACCCCGAGCUGGAGCUGGUCCCUCCCCGGCUCUCCAAGGAGGAGCUGAUCCAAAACAUGGACCGAGUGGACCGAGAGAUCACCAUGGUGGAACAGCAGAUCUCCAAGCUGAAGAAGAAGCAGCAACAGCUGGAGGAGGAGGCCGCCAAGCCGCCUGAGCCGGAGCAGCCUGUGUCGCCACCACCCAUCGAGUCCAAGCACCGCAGCCUGGUGCAGAUCAUCUACGACGAGAACCGGAAGAAGGCAGAAGCCGCCCAUCGGAUCCUGGAGGGCCUGGGGCCCCAGGUGGAGCUGCCACUGUACAACCAGCCCUCGGACACCCGGCAGUACCAUGAGAACAUCAAAAUAAACCAGGCAAUGCGGAAAAAGCUGAUCCUGUACUUCAAGAGGAGGAACCACGCUCGGAAACAAUGGGAGCAGAAGUUCUGCCAGCGCUAUGACCAGCUCAUGGAGGCCUGGGAGAAGAAGGUAGAGCGCAUCGAGAACAACCCUCGGCGGCGCGCCAAGGAGAGCAAGGUGCGCGAGUACUACGAGAAGCAGUUCCCCGAGAUACGCAAGCAGCGGGAGCUGCAGGAGCGCAUGCAGAGCAGGGUGGGCCAGCGCGGCGGCGGGCUUUCCAUGGCGGCGGCCCGGAGUGAGCAUGAGGUGUCAGAAAUCAUCGACGGUCUGUCUGAGCAGGAGAACCUGGAGAAGCAGAUGCGGCAGCUGGCCGUGGUCCCGCCCAUGCUGUACGACGCCGACCAGCAGCGCAUCAAGUUCAUCAACAUGAACGGGCUCAUGGGCGACCCCAUGAAGGUGUACAAGGACCGGCAGGUGAUGAACAUGUGGAGCGAACAGGAGAAGGAGACCUUCCGCGAGAAGUUCAUGCAGCACCCCAAGAACUUCGGCCUGAUCGCCUCAUUCCUGGAGCGGAAGACGGUGGCCGAGUGUGUCCUCUAUUACUACCUGACCAAGAAGAACGAGAACUACAAGAGCCUGGUGAGGCGGAGCUACCGGCGCCGGGGCAAAAGCCAGCCCCUGCUUCGGGUCCCUCCCUGUCCACUCCCUAGGGAGAAGGCCGACGAUACCUCGGGUGAGGACAAUGACGAGAAAGAGGCCGUGGCUUCUAAAGGCCGCAAGACUGCCAACAGCCAGGGGAGACGCAAAGGCCGCAUCACCCGCUCGAUGGCCAAUGAGGCUAGCAGUGAGGAGGCCGUCACCCCCCUGCAGAACGCCGAGCCGGUCCCCAUGGAGCUGAACGAGAGUUCCCGCUGGACCGAGGAGGAGAUGGAGACGGCCAAGAAAGGUCUCCUGGAGCACGGGCGGAACUGGUCGGCUAUCGCCCGCAUGGUGGGCUCCAAGACCGUGUCCCAGUGUAAGAACUUCUACUUCAACUACAAGAAGAGGCAGAACCUGGACGACAUCCUGCAGCAGCACAAGCUGAAGAUGGAGAAGGAGCGCAAUGCCCGAAGGAAGAAGAAGAAGACCCCGGCGGCUGCCAGCGAGGAGGCGGCCUUUCCGCCUGUGGGGGAGGACGAGGAGGUGGAGGCGUCAGGCGUGAGCGGCAACGAGGAGGACAUGGCUGAGGAGGCCGAGGCCGUACACGCCUCUGGGAGUGAGGCGCCCAGAGGGGAGUGCAGCGCCCCAGUUGCCGUCAACAACAGCUCCGACACCGAGAGCAUCCCCUCACCCCGGACCGAGGCGGCCAAGCCGCCUGGACCGGAGGGGCCGACCCCAGCACCACCCACCCCGCCACCUGAGGAGGCUCCGGCCCCUCCUGAGCCUGCCCUGGCCCCCGAGGCCGCGGGCCCACCCCCACCCCCACCGGCGCCUGCUGCCCCUGUGAUUCCCAAGGAGGAGGAGGAGGAGGAGGCCGCAGCCCCCAGCUUGGGCGAGGAGGGGGACGAGCAGAAGCCCACCGUGGUGGGGGAGCUGGUGGUGGACGUGGGCGAGUCGGAGGCCCCCAAGGAGGAGCCGGCCGGGGCCAAGGAGGAGGCUGAAGAGGACGGGACCGGCAGGGCCAAGGAUGUGGAAGGGGGCGCCGGGGCCACCGCUGAGGGGGCUGUGAAGACCGAGAAGAAGGAGGGCGGGACGACUGGCAGCAAGGGCACGGGUGCCCCCCAAGACAGUGACUCCAGUGCCACGUGCAGCGCCGACGAGGUGGAUGAGGCCGAGGGGGGAGACAAGAACAGGCUGCUGUCCCCGAGGCCCAGCCUGCUCAGCCCUGCCGGGGACACCAGGGCUCACACCUCGGCCCAGAAGCCGCUGGACCUGAAGCAGCUAAAGCAGCGGGCAGCUGCCAUCCCUCCCAUACAGGUCACCAAAGCCCACGAGCCCACCCGGGAGGACGCAGCUCCUGCAAAGCCAGGUCCCCCUGCCCGGCAGCCCACCCCGCACCUGCAGCCAGACAGCGAUGCUUCCCAGCCACCUGGCAGCAGCCCUCAGGGCAAGAGCAGGAGCCCCACAGCACCACCUACGGAGAAGGAGGCAGAAAAGCCCGUGUUCUUCCCAAACUUCGCGGCCGAGGGCCAGAAGCUGCCCCUAGAGCCCUCCUGCUGGGCACCGGGUCUGCCCUUCCCCGUGCCCUCCCGAGAGGUGAUCAAGGUGUCCCCUCAUGCCCCGGAUCCCUCGGCCUUCUCCUAUGCCCCGCCUGGUCACCCGCUGCCCCUGGGCCUCCAUGACAGCGCCAGGCCCGUGCUGCCUCGCCCACCCACCAUCUCCAACCCGCCCCCCCUCAUCUCCUCCACCAAGCACCCCAGCCUCCUCGAGAGGCCCCUGGGGGCCGUUUCCCAGGGCAUGUCGGUUCAGCUCCACGUCCCCUACUCUGAGCACGCCAAGGCACCCGUGGGACCCGUCACCAUGGGCCUGCCCCUGACCAUGGACCCCAAGAAGCUGGUGCCCUUCAGUGGCGUGAAGCAGGAACAGCUGUCCCCACGGGGCCAGGCCGGGCCACCCGAGAGCCUUGGGGUGCCCACGGCCCAGGAGACGUCUGUGCUGCGAGGCACAUCUCUGGGCUCGGCUCCGGGCAGCAGCAUCAACAAGGCACUGCUCAGCACGCGGGCGCCGGUGGACAGCCCCGUCAGUUACCGGGGCUCCAUCACUCACGGCACACCGGCCGACGUCCUGUACAAGGGGACCAUCACCAGGGUCGUCGGCGAGGACAGCCCUAGCCGCCUGGACCGGAGCCGGGAGGAUGGGCUGCCCAAGGGCCACGUCAUCUACGAGGGCAAGAAGGGCCACGUGUUGUCCUAUGAGGGGGGCAUGUCUGUGUCCCAGUGCCCACAAGAGGACAGCCGGGGCAGCUCUGGGCCCGCCCACGAGAUGGCCGCCCCUAAACGCACCUACGACAUGAUGGAGGGGCGGACCAGUCGCGCCAUCUCCGCCACUGGCAUCGAAGGUCUCAUGGGACGUGCCAUCCCGCCGGAGCGCCACAGCCCCCACCACCUCAAAGAGCAGCACCACAUCCGCGGCUCCAUCACGCAAGGCAUCCCUCGCUCCUGCGUGGAGGCCCAGGAGGACUACCUGCGGCGCGAGGCCAAGCUGCUGAAGCGCGAGGGCACGCCGCCCCCACCCCCGAGAGACCUGCCCGAGGCCUACAAGGCUCGGGCCCUGGACACCCUGGGCCCGCUGAAGCUGAAGGCCGCCCAUGAGGGGCUGGUGGCCACCGUGAAGGAGGCGGGCCGGUCCAUCCACGAGAUCCCCCGGGAGGAGCUGCGGCACACGCCCGAGCUGCCCCUGGCACCCAGGACCCUCAAGGAGGGCUCCAUCACCCAGGGCACCCCGCUCAAGUACGACAGUGGCGGCGCCCCCGCACCCAGCUCCAAGAAACACGACGUGCGCUCCCUCCUGGGCAGCCCGGGGCGGCCCUUCCCACCUGCGCCCCCGCUGGACGUGAUGGUAGACGCCCGGGCCCUGGAGCGUGCCUGCUAUGAAGAGAGCCUGAAGGGCCGCACUGGGGCCAGUGCGGGUGGCUCUGUCCCCCGGGGCACCCCGGUCAUCCUGCCAGAGUUGGGCAAGCCCGGACGGAGCCCCCUGGCCUACGAGGACCAUGGCGGGUCCUUCUCCGGCCACCUGCCCCGGGGCUCGCCUGUGACCACGCGGGAGCCCACGCCACGCCUGCAGGAGGGUAGCCUCUCAUCCAGCAAGGCGAGCCAGGAUCGGAAGCUGACGUCCACACCGCGGGAGGUCGCCAAGUCCCCGCACAGCACCCUGCCAGAGCACCACCCCCACCCCCUGUCCCCCUACGAGCACCUGCUCCGGGGUGUGAGUGGCGUGGACCUCUAUCGUGGCCACAUCCCGCUGGCCUUCGACCCCACCGCCAUACCCCGUGGUCUCCCCCUGGACGCAGCUGCCGCCUACUACCUGCCCCGGCACCUGGCCCCCAACCCCACCUACCCGCACCUCUACCCCCCGUACCUCAUCCGUGGCUACCCGGACACAGCAGCCCUGGAGAACCGGCAGACCAUCAUCAACGACUACAUCACCUCCCAGCAGAUGCACCACAACACAGCCGCCUCCGCCAUGGCCCAGCGCGCCGACAUGCUGCGCGGCCUCUCGCCCCGCGAGUCCUCGCUAGCACUCAGCUACGCCGCCGGCCCGAGAGGCAUCAUCGACCUGUCCCAAGUGCCACACCUGCCUGUGCUGGUGCCGCCAGCCCCGGGCACACCCGCCACUGCCAUGGACCGCCUGGCCUACCUCCCGCCCGCGCCCCAGACCUUCAGCCGGCACAGCAGCUCCCCGCUGUCCCCAGGGGGUCCCACCCACUUGUCCAAGCCGGCCGUGACGUCCUCGUCGGAGCGGGAGCGAGAACAGUCCAUCCUUGGGGCCACCCCGACAGUGGAGCACGCGCCCAUCUGGAGACCUGGGACUGAGCAGAGCAGUGGGGGCAGCAGCAGCCGCCCUGCCUCCCACCCCCACGGCCACCAGCACUCGCCCAUCUCCCCGCGGACCCAGGACGCCAUCCAGCAGCGGCCCAGCGUGCUGCACAACACGGGCAUGAAGGGCGUUGUCACCGCCUUGGAGCCCGGCACGCCCACGGUCUUGAGGUCCACCUCCACGUCCUCACCAGUCCGCCCAACCGCCACUUUCCCACCCAGCGCACACUGCCCGCUGAGCAGCAGCCUCGACAGCGUCUACCCCACGCUUGGGGAGCCCACCCUCCUGGCCAAGGAGACUCCGCGCACUUCCCGGCCCGACAGGCCUCGCACAGACGCCGGCCACACCUUCCUCGCCAAACCCCCGGCCCGCGCUGCCCUCGAGCCCGCCUCCUCCCCCAGCAAGGGCUCCGAGGCCCGGCCCCUGGCUCCCCCUGGCCCCAGCCACGCGGCCAUCGCCCGCACGCCGGCCAAGAGCCUCGGCGCUCACCAUGCCAGCCUGGAGCAGCCGGCGCUGCCCGCCACGGCCGCGGACCCAGCCCGGGAAAAGACUCAAAGUAAACCCUUUUCCAUCCAGGAGCUGGAGCUCCGUUCUCUGGGUUACCAUGGCAGCGGCUGCAGCCCUGGGGGGGUCGAGCCUGUUAGCCCUGGGAGCCCCCCGGGCCUGGCUCAGGACAAGGGGCUCCCCAAACACCUCGAGGGGGCUGACAAGAGCCACAUGGAUGGGGAUGUGCGGCACAAGCAGCCAGGCCCCGGGAAGCUCAGCAGCGAGGCGGCUCACCUCCCUCACCUGCGGCCGCUGCCAGAGAGCCAGCCCUCACCCAGCCCACUGCUCCAGGCCGCCCCGGGGGUCAAAGGCCACCAACGAGUGGUCACCCUGGCCCAGCACAUCAGUGAGGUCAUCACGCAGGACUACACACGACAUCACCCCCAGCAGCUCAGCACCCCACUCUCUGCUCCCCUCUACUCCUUCCCCGGAGCCAGCUGCCCUGUCCUUGACCUCCGCCGAGCCCCCAGCGACCUCUACCUCCCACCCCCCGACCAUGGUGCCCCUGCUCGGGGCUCCCCGCACAGCGAGGGGGGCAAGAGGUCUCCAGAGCCCAGCAAGACCUUGGUCCUGGGCAGCAGUGAAGAUGGAAUUGAGCCUGUGUCCCCACCGGAGGGCAUGGCUGAGCCUGGGCAUCCCCGGGGAGCCGUGUACCCGCUGCUGUACCGUGACGGCGAGCAGGCAGAGCCCAGAAUGGGCUCUAAGUCUCCGGGCCACACCAGCCAGCCGCCAGCCUUCUUCAGCAAGCUGACUGAGAGCACCUCUGCCAUGGUCCGCUCAAAGAACCAGGAGAUCAGCAAGAAGCUCAGCAGCCACAGCCGGAGUGAGGCCGAUUACAGCAUCAGCCAGCCAGGCACGGAAAUCUUCAACAUGCCAGCCAUCAGCGGAUCAGGCCUAGUGACUUGCAGGAGCCAGGCUGGACAGGAGCCAACCAGCACCAACCUGGGCCUGGAGGCCAUCAUCCGGAAGGCUCUCAUGGGUAAAUAUGAGCAGUGGGACGACCACCCGCCGCUCGGCGCCAGUGCUUUUAACCCUCUGACUGCCAGUGCCAGCCUGCCCGCCGUGCUCCCCAUAACCACUGCUGACGGACGGAGCGACCACCCCCUCGCCUCGCCAGGGGGCGGCGGGAAGAACAAGGUGUCGGGCAGACCCAGCAGUCGGAAAGCCAAGUCCCCCGCCCCAGGCCUGGCUUCUGGAGAGCGACCACCCUCCGUGUCCUCGGUGCACUCCGAGGGGGACUGUAACCGCCGGACCCCGCUGACCAACCGAGUGUGGGAAGACCGGCCCUCGUCCGCAGGCUCCACGCCCUUCCCCUACAACCCCCUGAUCAUGCGGCUGCAGGCGGGUGUCAUGGCCUCGCCCCCGCCGCCUGGCCUCCCAGCGGGCAGCGGGCCCCUGGCUGGCCCCCACCACGCCUGGGACGAGGAGCCGAAGCCGCUGCUGUGCUCGCAGUACGAGACGCUGUCGGACAGCGAGUGAGCGGCACCUCCCACUGCCGGCCCGCGCCCGGCUCAAGCCUUAACUCGGACUCCCGCCCGGGCCGGCCCUGUGCAGACCUACUCAGGGGUGUUGCUCACCUGGUGCUCGGGAGGGAGGGCCCGCGGCGGCCACGGACCCGGAGCAGGACGACCACGCACCUCCCCGGCCACUGCCUUCCCCCCACGCAUUUGGAACCAAAGUCUAAACAGCUAGCAGCCCCCGUCCCUCCCGCUUAGUGCUCUGGACAGAUGGACACAGCCCUGUCCAGCCCCGAGACCGCUGGGCGCUGAGGCGCACUGGGGCAGCGGGCGCGCCGAGCACUGGGGCCGGCAGGCAGGUGGACACGAGGUCUUGGUUUACAGGGUAUAUUUUUGAUACCUUCAGGGGAUGAAUUCAGAUGUUUUACGCGAGCAAGGACUGACCCAGUAUUAACGCCGCUGUGCUCUGCAUCCGCUGACCAUCGGGCGCUGCCCACGACGCAGGAUGGAGGGCGGGGCUCCAGCCACAGGCCCACCCGCCCCUCCCCCUCGGGCAGAAAACCUGGCGCAAGUUCCGUCAUUUACACACGUUCUGAUUAAAAGCGAGUAAUACCGGA